GGGUUGAGAUUAUAUGGCGACUUUUAUCAGAAGCUUCCAGAUGGUGGAACACGUCACGUCAAGCAACAACAAAACAAUACAAAUCAAAAUCGAAAAAUAUUGCAUCACGUUUGGGGGACGUGAGGGCCGAGGGGUGUGUUUGUCGAUUUGCUACUGUAUCAGUCUGUUUCAAUUUGGGUUUUGAGAAAAGAAUCUAAACGCUUGCACUGAAGUUGGAUUUAGGAGCUUUGCGCUCCUUAUUUCUGUGGAUAAUACACAAACUUCUGGUGGCAAAAUGCCAGACCUGCAAAAGCUGCCACUGGAAAGUGCCUUGGAGGACACCCCUGAGGUAAGACUCGGAACGGCGGCGGCGGCGGAGCGGCAGUAGCGGCACGGCGGCAGCAGAAGCGACGCAGCGGCGACGCGACGGGACACGAUGCGUCUCGGCGUGCGCUGGGCUCGACGCUGUAGCCUGGUGCUGACAGUGGUGGUGGUGUGUUUGACGGGUUCGGUGCGGACGGUGACGGAACCCUCGGUGACUGAGAGUGCGCCGUACAGGGAGGUGUACGGUGGACGCUCCACAGUGGACCAUGUGGACGUGGUGAGCUCUGUGGACGUUGUGGAGACGGUGGACGUGGUGAACAGCGCGGCGCUGGAGCCGGUGGCCGGCCGCCGGCUGCUGCUGGUCUCCACCCUGGAUGGCCGGCUCACCGCGCUGGACCCCGCUGCCGGCGGCGUGCCGCUGUGGACCGUCACCGCGCAGGAGGGUGGCAUGCUCAGCUCGACGCUGACGCAGAACCUGCAGCUGUCACAGCAGGGCCAGUGGGUGCGCCUCAUCCCGGCGCUGGACGGCAGGCUCUUCAGCUACGACGGCGAGCAGGUGGAGGCGCUGCCGGUGACUGCCGACACGCUGCUGCAGGCCUCCUACCGGUUCGCCGACGACACGGUUAUCAUGGGCGGCAGCCAGGUCUCCACGCUCGGCAUCGACGUGAACACGGGCCGGUUGCGAUACCGCUGCGGCGCGGCCGGAUGUGCGCGGCCCACCAGCGCUCCAACAGACCCUUCAGCUAACGGUAACGACGAGGAUGUUGAUGGUGGUGACAGCAGCGGAGACGUGCUGGUUCUGCGCCAGCACACACAGACUGUCCGCGCUGUUGAGCCUCGCUCCGGGCAGGAGCGAUGGAACUUCAGCGUCAGCCGUCACGAGCUGACUCUCUCGGCUGGCGAGCGACCGCCGGUGGCCGCACCGUCACCGGACAGUCUCAUCACAGCCGACCUGGCCGAGGGAACCCUCUCCGGCACCGAGCACGGCAAGAAGUGGCAACACCGGUUCGCCGGCCCGCUGGUACACGUCUGGCGACUGGAUGGCGGAAAGCUACACGAAGUGGACCUAUUGGCCCCGGCUGCUGACGACCCCGCCGCCCUCCGGCCUCUGCUGUACCUUGGCGUGCACGAGAAGCAGCUGUACAUUCAGCAGAGUAAGCGGGCUGCGACCGCUGGUACCAUGGACACGCGUCUGGCAGUGUCUGCCGCCGCGCGCGAUCCUCCUCAAGUAAAGUGGAAGCCGUAUAUGGUGUCCGCCAGCAGUCGCACACCGCUGAUCCACGGCACCACACACAGAGGAAACCCGAUGCUGCUCACGGACAGAAGCGACAAGGCUCUGGCGCUGAGGCCCGAGGAGUAUCCAUACGAGGGUGGUUACUACCUCUACAGCAGUGGCGACUGCGUGCUCGAGUCUGGACCGGAGUCUGAGCCGGAGCGACACGGCCCGUUCCCGCACCCGUACAUGCCCACUGGCGAUGGCUUUAUUCCAGAUGACGACAACGUGGUGUAUGUGGUGAUCACGUCGCUGUCGUACUGGUGGCCUCAGAUUCUGCUGCUGAGUGCCAGCAUCGCCGUGCUUUUGAACCUACUUGUGACUGAGCACUACAGGCUCUACUAUCGAGCACACGCCUACCGCGUAGUGCGCACUAUUCUGCGCCUGCGCCCACCGCACUACGUGGUGCGCGAAGUACAGGUGCCAGUCCGAGAAGAGGUGAUCCGAGAGGUGGAGGUAGUGCGCGAGGUGGUGCGUGAUCCCCCGCCGGUGGAGCAGCCGGCGCCGCGCUCCAACUUCUUAGAGAACUUUGAGCCGGUGCAGUGCCUCGGCAAGGGCGGCUUCGGCGUGGUGUUUGAAGCGAAGAACUUGCUGGAUGACCACCAUUACGCAGUGAAGCGGAUACGCCUACCGGACAGAGAGAAAUCGCGCCGCCGUGUGCUGCGUGAGGUCUCCUGCCUGGCCAAGCUGGAGCACCGCAACAUCGUGCGCUACUUCUACUGCUGGAAGGAGCAGCUGUCGGUGGAGUCGCUGCAGGAGCAGGACCGGGUGCUGGACACCUCAGAGUGGGCGUCCAGCCCGACUCCGCUGAACUCAGUGGCGAGCGGUGGAGGGAGCGCGCCCGCCUCUCCGGAGGACCUCUCUGGCUCGGUGCUGAAGCUGACGCGGUUCGUGUCGGCGCUGCCCGGCGGCGGGGAGCGCAGCGGGCGACAGAGGACAAUCGGCGGCGGGUUUCUGCCGGCGCUGGCAGACUCUUCACCCCGCCGCCGGCCGAAACACGGCGACAGCUCCGCCCUCUCUGCAGACGACAGUAUCGUCUUCUCGAACGACUGCUCACGCGUGCCCGGCAGGUUUAGCAGUAUCGAGAGCAGCGGCACAUUCAGCGUGCAGAACAGUGACGAGCUGGCCGCACAGCGCAGCGCCAGCGGUGUCCGGUGGCACCCCUCGGCCGGAGACGCUGAAGACAGCCUCCUCUCGGCUCCCACCGCUGACGGAGACGAAGACGACAGCGUGGUGUUCGCAGCCGAGUCGGGCCAGCCUCUGGUCGACUACACCAUCCCAGACACCACUGGUGCCUCCUCCAGCGCCGUCAGCGGCCCGCUGGUGGCGUUCCAGACGAACCGCUCACCGGGCCAGGACGGCACUGGCUUCUGGGACGAUGAGGAGGAGGAUACGGGCGACGCGCCCGACGCCGCUGCCUGGUAUCUCUUCAUCCAGAUGCAGCUGUGCCGCAAAGAGUCGCUCAAGGACUGGCUGCAUGCCAACAGCGGCCCACGAAGCCUUCCACGCGUGUUCGCCAUAUUUAGACAAAUCCUGAAUGGUGUUGAGUAUGUCCACAGCCAGGGACUUAUGCAUCGGGACCUAAAACCAUCCAACAUCUUCUUCGCUCCCGACGGUACGGUCAAGAUUGGCGACUUUGGUCUGGCGACGACUACAGUGAGCGGUGAGCCGACCAGCCAUACGCCGGCCCAGCUGAGCUCGGCGGCCGGCGGCCACACUGACCAGGUGGGAACGCAGCUGUACAUGAGCCCUGAACAGGUGCUCGGCCGCUCGUACGACUACCGCGUGGAUAUCUACUCGCUGGGGAUUAUUCUAUUCGAGCUGCUGGUGCCGUUCUCGACCCAGAUGGAGCGGCAGCAUACUUUGGCUCAGGUGCGGAGACUGCUGUUUCCAGAGAGUUUCCGGCGCGACCAGCCGGCAGAGUACGCCCUACUGGAGCUGAUGCUGAGCCACGAGCCAGCCCGGCGGCCGUCCAUAGCCGAGAUUCGCCGCAGCGCCGCCAGAUGUCGGUCCGUGUCCCGCGGCCCCGGCUCCAACUCCAGCUCCGGCUCCGGCGCUGUGGGCCUGCUGGAGGAUGAGCUGGAUUCGGUGAGCUCUCAGACCGGGCUGGGACUCCAGUUCAGGGGGAUUGAGUCUGAGUCUGAUGAGGAGUCUGAUGCCGAGUCGUGGGACGAGUCUGCUCGUCUGGACUCGACCGGCCUCGACUCUGCGGUGUUUGAGGAUUCAGCGAUGGAGUCGGUUCCGAGUCCCCCGUCCGCGAAUCAGCUCAGAUCCCCCAACAUGAACAGAACCGCCUCCGAUCCCAUAUCGCUGGACUCAGAGUCCGAGAUAGAGUCGGAGUCGGCUGUCUCGGCGAUAGCGAGCGCCGGUGCCGGUGACCAACCAGAGAAAGAUGCCUCUCUGAGCUUCAAAACACCGGAGUCCAGCAUUCCGGGCUCUGCUGUACCAGUCCCAGAGUUGGUUGCCUUCUGCGAUGAAGAUUCCGCAUGAUAUAUUCUGUCAGUCAGACAUACUAGUUUGUGAUUCUCCGGGGAACAGAUGGGAUGCUGAGUUUUUGGGAGCAGCGUUCUGUACAUAAAGUAGCAUAUUUCAGUCGCAAUUAUGAGGCUCAUAAGAUUCAUGUGAUAGUUGGCGCUGGCUACGGCCCCGGCGCCGUGAGACCUGCGUUCCGACUUGAUUUGCCAGCAGCGUUUAAUUCACUGCUGUUUACUUUAGUCCAGGUCGCGUGUGCGGUAUGAUAGGUUGCGGUGUAAUGCGUUGUUGGUAUGUUGGAGGGUGUGUGUAUUUAUAAGCGGAUUGUCGCGUCGAUAUUUUGCGCUACUACCCGGGUCUUCUCGUGUGUAUUAGUCUCGGCUCUCAUAAGGAAUCAUCAGUUGACGCCAAAAACUGCGUGUGUGCUGCGUAAUCUGCGAAUGGACGCCUUGCCAUCGUAUUAUGAAUUCGAGACAAUUUACUUGGUUAUCGUUUAGCUCCAUUGACCUUUUUUGCACUUGGUGGGUUGUGAACAUUCCCUGGAUCAUUUGACCUAGUUUGCAUAAUUACCGGUAAUAGUGUGUAGUGUACUUAUCGUUAAGUGUCUUUUUGCCAAGACUGUUGUGAGCGUCACAACUGUGUGAAUUCCUGGCCGAGCUACUGCCGGCUCUCUAGAUGUAGGUACUCGGUCUGACCUCUAAAGAGAUGAUUAUGGGAGCACGUAAGCGCCUCGGCGCCAAAGCCCGUCGCCAUGCCGGUCGUUUGGGCGAACAGGGUGUCAAUCACAAAGAGGAAUCGUUACCACUAUCGAGUGCGUGAGUGUCGUUUCCUGAAAAGUUGGCUGUGUGGUACGCAUACGUGUAGAAACGAACAAGGAGUGACGCCUGAAUAAAUCGCGUGCUAGUUUUAAAA